AUGGCUUCAAACAACUUUAUCUACAUCACCCCAGAAGAGCUGGAGGAGGCUGUCGCGUUAAUGAAAUUACACCAGGUACACCUAGAGACUAUUGCUAUGCAGAAUAUUGCUGUGGACGAUUUUGCUUUGGAGAAUAUCAACAUGGAGAGUGUCGCAGUAGAGAGUAUCCCUUUGGAGAAUGUCACCAUGGACAAUAUCUCUUUGGAGAAUAUCUCCAUGGACAAUAUUUCUUGGGAUAAUAUCGCUGUGGAAAAUAUCCCUUUUGCGGAUAUCUCUGAGGCGAAUGUCGCUGUGGGGAAUAUCCCUUUGGAGGAUAUCUCUGAGGUGAAUGUCGCUGUGGGAAAUAUCCCUUUUGCGGAUAUAUCUGAGGCGAAUGUCGCUGUGGGGAAUAUCCCUUUGGAGGAUAUCUCUGAGGCGAAUGUCGCUGUGGGAAAUAUCCCUUUGGUGGAUAUCGCUGUGGAGAAUAUUCCCGCAGAGCUCACAGCGAUGGAAACCAUUGAGUACCAGGAUAUCAGCGGCAGUUGGGUCCACGGUGGCCACCACAGUUCACCUCUGAUUGCGCUGCAGCCGUUCAUGGUUAACCCGAACAAAGGGAACCACGACCAGGAAAUGGUCAUGGUGAAGACCUGGGAGGAUGAAACUCCAGCUUCCCUGUCAGACUCCGCGGCAUCAUGGCUCAAGAAGCUCCGCAUCGGUCAGGAAAGCUUCACCAGCCACUAUCAGCAAAGCACCACUAACGGCGGUAUAAAAAGCACCACUAGCAACGGUGAGCAAAGCAAGAAGCACAGCAGCCACGGCAAAAAGCUCAAAAAGCUCCGCAUUGGCCAGCAAAGCGCCGCCGGCCACGGUUUGGAAAACGCCGGCCACCGUAUGGAAAACGCCAGCCACCGUAUGGAAAACGCUGGCCACGGUAUGGAAAACACCAGCAAGGGUAAGAAACGCACCGCCAAAAGCACGGCCGGGGCGGUGGGAGGCAGCGGCUCGGAGGAAGGCAACAGAAAGUGGGAGCGGGAGCAGGUGCAGGUCAAAACCCUAAAGGGUGAGUUCUCCGUCACCAUGCGGUCCCAAGCUGGUGAAAGCGGUCAGGAGAUUGAAGGACAGAGUCCGGUGAACUUACCGAACUUAGAUCCUGAUUAUUCAGAGUAUCUGACGGGAAAGAAGCUUCCUCCUGGAGGACUACCUGGCAUUGACUUAUCAGAUCCCAAACAGGUGGCAGAAUUUAUUAAAGUGAAGCCCAGAAAGUGCAAAGAUGACAUUCCAAGAACAGUACCUUGCCUUCAGAAAGGCUGCGGAAAGAUGUUCCGGGAUGCCUCUUCUAUGAGAAAACAUCACCACACCCACGGUCCUAAAGGCUUUAUCUGUGCAGAAUGUGGCAAAGGUUUUAUUGAGAGCUCAAAACUAAAACGGCAUCAACUGGUGCAUUCUGGAGAGAAGCCCUUUCAGUGCACAUUUGAAGGCUGCGGAAAAUACUUUUCCCUGGAUUUCAAUUUGCGUACACAUGUGAGAAUCCAUACAGGUGACAAGCCCUAUGCCUGCCCCUUCGAGGGUUGUGAUAAGAAGUUUGCUCAGUCAACUAACCUGAAAUCUCAUAUCUUAACGCAUGCUAAGAACAAAUAGCCAGUGAAAAGGAGAAAAGAUCCUUUUUUGAUUCUUAUAUAUCUAAGGGUCAUGUUUUCAUAGAUUCGUUUAAAAAGUUAAAAAUACAUGAUUAUGUUGUUAAGAUGUCAUGUUUUAAUGGAGUAGUAAAAGUUAAAGGUUAAAAAAGUGAAAAAAGGUUAAAAUAUGUAUAAGAUUACAUUGUUCUGUAAUAUCAUUUGGAAAACAUGUUUUGUCAAGUUUGAUCCCAAAAAAGGAUAA